CCGACGUUCCGCUAACUCGAAUUAAUCUCAAGGAAAUGUCCCAAAUUAAUCUGCCCCAGAGCUACACCUGGGAUGAUCAGUUUGAGGACGGGCAAGAGGUGAAUCGCACGAUUCCUGAUGAGGUGAUCAGCAUUUACGAAGUUUACGUUAAAGAGGACUCCGAAUCACAAGAUGGAAAGUGUGGAUUGUCUCUGGUGCCGGGUAGCUUGGAUAAUGAUCACCUUCUCAUCAACGGUGGUAUUGGCAUCUCAGAGGAUGACAUCGAUGGGGAAGUGGUUGAUGGCGACGGAAAUACUUCUAAGGUGUUUGUCAAGGACUCGAUUGAUUCCCAAGGAAAUAAAAAGAAGAGCAAGGUAGAGGAGAAGAAACUAAAGUCCUUGAGUGAUACUCCCUAUUCUCAGACAAAUGGAGAAAACUCGGCAAUUCCUCAAAUCAUAGACAAAGAUGAUCCCAGGUCGAGGCUUCACUUCGUCAAGUACCUGAAGAGAGAGGGAAAAACGAUUAAAAUAUGGGAGUGUGGAAUUUGUUCUAAGGAAUUCAGACAUCAAUACACCUUGAUGAGGCACUUGCCAACCCACACUGACGAGAGAAAUUUCAAGUGUGACGCCUGUGGCAAAGCAUUCCGACAACUUUCAACCCUCAGUCAACACAAAGCCAUUCACAGUGAUGCUAGGCCCUACGUUUGUGAAUACUGCAAAAAAACUUUCAACAGGGUUUCAACUUUGAUCUCACACCGGAAAACUCACUCCGAGAAUAAACCACACAAGUGUCCCGUCUGUGGGAAGGGAUUUCAUCAGAAAGGGAAUCUCCGUAACCACGUAUUUACACACACGAAUGAACGUCCAUACAAGUGCGAAACGUGUGGAAAGGGCUUCAAUCAAAUGUCCAAUCUCGUGUGUCACAAAGUAAAGGCACACGCUCACACAGAGAGAAUGCAGUACUCGUGUGGUAUCUGUGGAAAAGAGUUUCCCCGUAGAUUUUCCCUGCGUUCACACGAGGAAACCAAGCAUGGAAUCAAAUAUCGCAAUUCUUCGGUGUCACAGAAUGGAAGCGAGAGGAAUAGAGUUAAACAAAAUCUCCGGAUCAUUGAAUUAUCCAGUGAGGAUUCAAUGGAUACCGAGGAUAAGGAGAAUCGUGACACACAGAAAAUCGAGACAUUUUACGUUGAUAAAAUAAUAACCAAGGCAAUGACAACAGCUGUUAUGAGAAAUCAAGUGCCCUUUGCACUUUUUAAACCCAUCAGAGGAAUACCUGUUCUCGUCAAGGUCACCGAUGCAGGAGAAAAGCACAUGCUGACUCCAGCCACUCCCGAGGAUUUGAGAGUCAAUGGUACUAUGAGCUCGCCCGAGGGUAGUUGCGAGGGUGAAAAGGGACAGAUGAAGAUAUCUGUUGUUGCCACUGUAACCCAAACUCCAGGAAUCGAUGGCAAGUUCAGUUUUUCUGUUGAGCCACCAGAUCCAGAUGAAGAUCAUGUGGAGAAUUUUUUGGUACCAAAGAUGGAUGAAGAAGUUGAUAAGCCAAUUCCCUUCAUCCCAGAGCCCUCCAGCAUCUCCAGCACAAGUCCAUCCCUGGAAGAUUGCAGUGAACUCAUGGAAUUGGCAGCCCAGGGUGGCAUUCAAUUUGUUCGUGCAACCGAGGACGGCAGAUACGAGGUAAUGAGCAACAGUGAGGCACGUGAUCUCAUGGCGCAGAAUUCCCAUGAUGUGACGAUACUUGAGGGUCCUGAGGCUGAGGCGAUAAGCGUCAUGCAGGCCAAUACACGUUCCACAACAGAUGACAUCAUUAUUGGUGAUCAGGACAAUCAAAUAAUGGUGCUGGACGCUGGAGCGAAUCAGAAAUCAUUGGACUCAAUUGAGAUACUGGAUCCCAGUGCAAUGGGAUUCUUCGGUCAGUCCAAGAUCGAUGAUUUUAUCAUGGGUCAGAGAGGAUUUGAAGGUAUACCACUGCCCAGUGAAGAUGACUUGAUGGUACCCCACGACUUUUCGAGUCUUCUCCAUCACCAGCCAGAUCUCUCCUUUCCCUCCCAUCCACCCCCCUAUCCCCCCCAGGAUAGUUUUGCCUUUCUCAAGGCACCCAGACUACCUCCCGAGGACUUCAGUAUUCUUGGUGUUGACAGUAAUUACCUAGAAGAGGGUAGAAUGAGGCUCCAGGAGUUUGACGAUGUCAUGGAUGACGUUCAGUCAAACUUGCGCCCAAUGACCCCGGAAAUGAGGCCACUGGGUCACCAUAGCUCGACAAAGCUCGAGACUGGGUCAUUGCCAAGUUUCGCUGAGACAAAAGCACUUGGGCCAAAGUAUCAGGAGUUCGAGGCUGCAUCGCAGUAUCACGAGAUCAAGAUAUUUAAUACUUACGAUCAGGGAUUGAGGGGCGGUUAUUGCUCGUAUAAUGGAGAUAUCGAUGGAAAUUAUCAGAGUGGAUCUAGAGUUUUUGGAAAGAGGAUGUGUGAGGAUCAGGAGAAGGACGACAAAUCCGAGGGCAUCCUAAAACCAAUUCCCUCGAGCUCCCGAUCCCUCCCUAUUAUCCCAGAGGCCGAUGAGGGCCGGAAUGUGGACAGAAUCUCGGAUCAAUUACUGCUUCAAGCAAACACUCUCACGGACCCUGACUUCCUGUCCUUCGAAUCCCGCAGCAUGGACUCCCCCGGAAAUCACCUCCCCAAAUCCUUCACCCUAGAUGGACUCCCCGACCUCAAUUAA